AUGGCUCCAGCAAAAGAGACAUCGGUUGAUCUGUGCAAGCGGGUCAACGCACAGGGAAACACCAUCGCAAUCCGCAUGCUCGAAUACCUGAGCACAGCAAAGACACCUAUUCAUGGCUUUGAGCCACUUGCCAGAGAGUUCAUCGAACUUUGUCAGGUGUUAUGGUCCAUUGAGGCCGGUGUCACGGAAGCUUCGAAAACACGAAGUGGAUUUCCCGUCGAGGUAUCUCAAGAACUUGACAGAAGGGUCCGCCAAGUCAACGAAGAGUUCUCUGUUUUGGCCCAAAUGGUCAACAAGUUUGUCGACAAGGAGAACCACAAAGGCGGCUUUGGCAUGAAGUUCCGAAUGAUGUUCGCCGACACAGAUGUCGAGAAAAUGCGCCACACACUGUCACGAAGUCGUGACUCCCUCAAAGUCAGCUCUGCUAUGUUCAGGUGGACACUAGGCGACGCGCGAGCCGAUGCUUCCAUGGGCAUUGGAUAUGCCGGACUGAUUGCCGCGUUGGAGCGACUGAACCCAAGCAAAGCUUCCAGCCUUCCACCUCUACACCCAGCGCCGACAUCCGAUCUUCCACCGACACCACCUACAAAAGCUCCGAGCAAUCAUGGAGACCACCCCCUCUUACCACCUUCACAUCCUUCACACCGUAUGGACAGACCGUCACUGAACGAACUUCGCCAUGAGGAAGGACACUCUUCAAAUUUCAGGCACGAGGACACUGGCCUCUCGCCAGGAAUCGUUGAUCUUCACAAGAACUGGCGCGCACCAGCCAGCGCUCGUUCCAGUGAAUCAACCAGGGACACAAUGUACCAUCAGAAUGUUCGGUAUCACGAGGAUCCGGUGUACGAGGAUGUCGCAUCUCACUCCUCUACCCGGUCGCCCACCAUGGAGGAGAAAUUGCACAGUCUCAAUGUCAGCGAGCGCUACAUGGACGAUCAUCACUCUUCAUCCAAGGUGGAUUCUGCCAUCACAUCGCCGCACUGGGCGCCACGCCAAAGUGGAGGCUCCAAGAAUGUUGGUGGCAAGGCAGCACUCUUCAACGCUGUCGAACAGAGGAGGCACCGGAUGCUCGAGCAGCUCCUUGACGGCGGUGCUAAAGCAGAACCUCACAUGGAGUCAGCAAUGCUUCGCGUCGCUGCCCAAAAUCAAGACGUGGAGAGUAUCACGCUGCUUCUACGAUAUGGUGCGGAUGCGAACGGUUUCGACCGCGAAGGUGUCACACCCUUGUUCGCCGCCACUCGUGCCCAAUGUCUCGAAUGCGCGAAGACACUACUAAAGCAUGGCGCUGAUCCUAACCUGUCCGCCGGCCCCGAUUCCGAAUCACCUCUAGCGCUGGCUGCGUCUCAGAACUCUAUUGAUCUCGUUCAAUUGUACCUCGCCAAUGGCGGCGAUGCUGGCUUCAUUAUGGAAAAUGGUUCUACGGCACUCGUAUCAGCCAUGAACAAGACCACUUCGCCCAAGUGUGUUGAAAUGCUCCUGAGCGCGGAUGGCGAUGCCAACGCAAAGAAUGGAGAAGGUACAACGGCCCUCUUCCAGGCUAUUCAGGCGAACCGUGUAGAUCUCAUGACUGUGUUGCUCGACCACGGAGCGAAUCCCAACCUUCCGGGCCCUAAGCACCCGCUCUGGCCAUCCACCUACAAGCCAAAAGCUCUUCAGCUGCUGCUUUCUCGCGGUGCUGACACCAAGAAGACACCAGGUGUCAUGGAAUUGGCUUCUAGUCUUAAGAAGCUGGAUUCCAUCAAGAUCCUCAUGGAAGCUGGUGUAUCACCCAACCUGCGGAAAGACGGAGUCUACACACCACUCUGCUCAGCUAUUCGUGACAACAGCCCGGAGAUCGUCACUUAUCUGCUAGAGCAUGGCGCAGACCCCAACUUCAACGCUGCGGAGUACCCGGCCUUCAAGUGUAUCACACACAAGCGCACGCAUUUCCUCCCGCAACUGGUUGCCGCUGGCGCAGACCUUAACAAGCCCAAGGGUAUUAUCGAAACGGCUGUCAAGUUUAACGACAAGGACGCGAUGAUUUACCUGCUCGAUCAGGGUGUCAACCCCAACGACCGCACACCGGACGGAUGCACACCGCUUACCACCGCCAUCAACGACGAUCACGGCGAGCUUGUCGAUAUCCUUCUCUCUCGCGGCGCAGACCCAGCCAUCCGUGGCAAGGAUUGGCCUCUAUGCAUGGCUGUCAAGCGCCCCACCAUUCUCAAGAAACUCCUUGCCGCAACCCCCAACCCACGUGCCUUCCGUGGUGUCGUCGAGAUGGCUGUUGUAGCCAAUCAACUCGAAAGCAUCAAGCUUCUCCUCGCAGCAGGCGUUAGCGUCGAAGACAAGAACUGCGGUGUCUUCUCUCCACUCACAACGGCCAUUCGCGAAGAACGCAAGGUCAUUGUUCGCUACCUUCUCGACGUCGCGAAUGCCGACCCCAACGCCCCUGGCGAGCACUUGCCCAUUGUCAAAGCCCUCCGCCGCUACUCAGGCGACACAGAGAUCAUCCAGAUGUUGCUCACACGCGGCGCGGACAUCAACAAGAUGCACCGCGGCUGGAAUGCUAUUCUGCAAGCCGUCGAGAACGGCGAUGCUGAGAUCCUCAAGCUUCUGAUCGACAUGGGUGGCACCGUUGACCUUCAACUACUCGACGAAUCCGGCCGCGCCGUUAUUGACAUUGUCACUGAGAGGGGCUGGGAAGAGGGCCUUGCGCUCCUCUUCCCGAAUGCGUCCAGCAGUCCGAAGGCCAACGUCUCAAAGGCCAGGUAG